AGUGAGCCAGAAAUAAUGCCAUCCCUCGAAAGGUUCUGUCGAGUUUAGAGGCUAUUAUAAUUAUUAUGGCUAGCUCACAAAAUUUGUGUUGCUUUUUCCUAUUGUCUGUCCUCCUUCAUAUAUCGCUUGGAGCUGGUGAUGACCCCACCAUGGAUAGCACACAAUGCCCCCCUCUGCCAGAGAUAGCCAAUGGAGUGAUCUCCUACUCUCCUGAUAUCACUCCUGAUUAUGAUGUCGGAACUAUGGCCAUUUACCUUUGUGAAAAUGGAUUCGUCCUCAGUGGAGACGACACUAGAGAUUGUCAAUCUGACGGAACAUUCUCUGGCAUGGAACCUGUUUGCUCUAUGACUCGUAUUCAAGUUGUAUUUGAGAUUCCUGAAAGGACUGAGCUGGAGACUGCCGGGGAUGUGGAGGUGUGUGUAGUGGUUGUUGAGGGCGUUCUCGCUAGAGAGGUCAUCGUCACUGUUGCCAGUAGAGACGGGUCCGCCUUGGCUGGUGAAGACUAUGAACAAUUCAGCGUUGAUUUGUCCUUUGACCCCGAUACUAACCGCGCCUGUUUCACUGUUACUGUUACUAACGACGAUCGCUACGAGUUACCCGAAUCAUUUGACCUUGUAUUGACCUCCAACGAUGAUUUUGUGAUAAUCGAUGUGCCAACCAGCGUCUUCAACAUCAACGAUGAGGAUGUGCUCGUGAUUGGAUUCCCUCAGGAGGUGUAUGAUGUGACUGAAGACAUUGGCGAUGCUCCAAUAACAGUGCAAAUCAUCAGUGGAGAACUGGCUGAUGGAGUAUCAGUUGAUAUCUUCUUCUCCAACCAAAAUGUGACAGUUUUUGAUGGCUCUGACUACACUGCCGUGACCCGUAUCCUCACCUUCACCUCGACCAUCACCAGUAUCCCAGUGCCUGUCCGCAUUCUGGACGAUAUGGUGUAUGAAGAUUUAGAAAUAUUUUUGGCCACUCUCAAUGAAGCAUCAUUGGAGCGUAUCACUGUGGCUCCUGGAGCUGCUAUUGUCAAUAUUGCUGACGAAGAUGUUAUCACAAUUGGUUUUGUUGAGACUGGUGUCAUGGUGAGUGAGGGUGAUGGUAACGCUGGUCUCCAGGUGGCAGUCAUCUCCGGUAUGCUAGAUGCAGAGAUCCAGGUGCAAGUCACCACAAGAUAUGGAUCAGCCUCUUCUGUUAACGAUGCUGACUACUCGAGCGUGAUACAGCCACUAACAUUCACGACCACCACUGAUGUCGGAGAUGUCUCUGUUCUCAUUUCUGAGGACGGAGUAUCUGAACCACUAGAGAACUUCUUUGCUGACCUGUCUCUACUCACUAACACAGACAGAGUCACCAUUGCUCCAACUGAGGCCACCAUAACUAUUGAAGAUAAUGACGUUGUGUGGAUUGGCUUUGAGCGAGAGAUGUACCCGGCCUUUGAGAACGUAACGGCGAUGAUCUGUGCUAGGUUAUUGCCCAACUCCCCCUCUCUUGAUCAUGAGGUAGUCGUUACUAUCCGCAGCUCUGGCGGAACAGCCACUGCCCCUGCCGACUAUAAUGCGAUUGUGGAGCACCUUAUCUUUGGUCCGGGUGUAUUUCGUGUCUGUGUGGAGGUGCUGCCUGUGGACGACGGUGUGGUAGAGGGACUAGAGACCUUCAACGUCACACUCACUAGCGAUGAUGAUGUAGUUUUGGUAUCCGACGUGGCUACUGUUGUUAUUCAAGAGCUCGAUAUGGUCUUGGUGAUGUUUGAACGUCCUAUGUACACAUUCACUGAGAACGGAAUCACUAGCAGCGUGGUCGUAGUCAAGACCGGAGUCACUGACCAACCAUUCUCCGUACAAGUCAUCGGAGGUCCCAGCACUCAAACGGACGUGGUAAUCUCUGCCUCUGGAUUCAACGAAGUGGUGACAUUUGAAGCUGGUCCAAAUGCCGACAAUUCCAUCAUAGUGCAGUUCACUCUGAUAGACGAUGAUAUUGCACUUGAGGCAAUUGAGAGUUACAUCGGUAGUCUCGACAUUGUAGGUAACCCUGAGGGCGUGACUUUUGGCAUGGUCGAUACGACAACAGUCAAUGUCCGGGACGAUGAUGUUGUCACGGUGAUCUUUGACCGCCCUGAACUAACAGUGGACGAAGAUGUGGGUAACUUCACGAUGUGUGUCACUCUCGACCGAGUCACCCUACUACCUGUUACCGUGACGAUUGAAGCCAGAGAUGGAUCCGCUGUGUUUCCAGGAGACAUCAAUUCCAGCUCCAUCCCGACUUCACUGACUAUCCCAGCUGGCGCCACAAGUGCUUGUUUUGAGGGAAUGAUUGUCGAUAAUACCAUCGUGGAGGACACAGAAUCAUUUACCCUCGUUAUCACAGGGGUCACCCCUGAGGGCGUGGUUAUUGGCGGGGACACCACUGUCAUCUCCAUCAUUGAUAAUGAAGCUAUAAUUAUAUUCUUGGCCACUUACUUCUGCAACUCUGGCUACGCUCUCACUGGCGGACUUGAUAGUAAAACUUGUGUGGAAUCAGACAAGGGAACAGGAGUAUUUGAUCCACCGCAAACACCAAUCUGUGACCUUGCAUGUGAUGCGAUCUCAGCUCCACCGAAUUCAAUAGUGACCUACAACACUGAACCUGUCCCACCAUUUCCUGCUGGAGCUUCAGCUAUGUUUGAAUGUGUCGAUGGAUUCAGUCCAGUAACUACUAGCCCUGGAGAAUCCACUAAAUUCCCACUACCCGGUGAGCUGAUCUUGCUCGAGUGUGGCGAGAUAGUACAGGGAGAGGGCGGAGUCUUUGUGAGAAAUGGAACAUCUUCCCAAGUUGAACUCGACUGUACACGUCUAUGUGACAAUCUUCCACCAUUAUUCAACGGAAUGAUCACCUACAAUACUUCUCAAGGACUUCAUAAUACUGUUGCCACCUACACUUGUAAUGAUGGGUUCACACUUCUUGGAAGUCACCUAAGAAUCUGUGAGGAGGGAGUGUGGGAGGAAGCUAGCCCUUCAUGCUUACAAGAUGCUAUAACUCCAAGUGGUGCUCCAAUGAUUGGACAGAGCAUCUCCUUAUUAUGCACUGUGACUGAGACUGACUCACUUCAGCUCACCAUUUCCUACUACUGGUUCAGAGGACAACUGCCACUUACUACUAAUUCUGGUCUUCUCACCUUUGACACAUUGUUCCUGUCAGACGCUGGACUGUACAGAUGUGAGGUCACUGUGAGCUCUGAUGAGCACACAAUUAUUGUUAACUCAAGCUAUGAAAUUAAUUUCAAGAGUCUUCACAUCCAGCUGCGACUCAUUAUCAGUUCUAAUUGCGGAGCAUAUACUCAGUCAGAAACAGCUGUCAAAACGAGCGACAUCACUAAUGAAUUUUCCCACGGUGUCAAUGAGCUUUGUCAAUGUGGUUUCAACACAUUUCUUAUCUCAAGACCAUUUAUCCGCUGCUUUGAGAACUCUCCAAAUCAUGUGACAUACAGAGCAGUUCUGAGCAGCAGUCAAACGAUCUCGGCUCUCAUAAUUGGCUCUUUUAUUGAUCAAUGGAGCAAAGAGACUCCCAGCAUCAUUGUGCAGAGUGCAGGACUUCGCAUCAACAGCACUUGUCCGGUGAUUAUUGCCAAUCCUGAUAGUCCCGAAUGCCCUGAGGAUCUCACUAAUCGCACGUUGAUAAUAACAGCGAACACAGAUAAUACUCUGAGUAUAGGUGCUGUGAUUGGUAUCGUGAUUGGAUCAUUGGCUCUUAUACUUGCUCUAUUGGUGGCCGUCAUUUUGCUGGUUGCUCUGAGGUAUCGGAUAUAUAAAUCGAAGACCUUGUGUAUCAAUGAAAGUAACCCACCACAUCUAGAUAUGAAGCCUGAAAUUGUUUUGGAUGAGCUUCCUGAUCAUGACUAUGAUUACAUCAGUGUAUUUCAAGAGGCAGACUUGAAGAGUACCACUGGAAACCCUCAACCCUCUACAGCAGGGGACGAUGCUUCAGAGGUGCAGAUUGAACAAACAUCCUGUGAUACUUACGAGCCUGUAACCAUACAGCCCAUGCAGGAUGACAUACAGUUAAAGCAAUAGUUAUUAAUUGCACAGAAGAGAUAAUAAUUAUAGGAAGCUGAACAUAUAGUUCUAUAAAACGGAUAGUAUUACUAAAAUGUUAGUG